ACAAGCAGGAUUACCGACGUAGCGACCUUUGGCAGCUCUGCAUCAAAACAAACAAUCAACACGUGCCGGAAAGUGAAAUUUAAGUUAAAUUAAGGGAAUAUAGACAUAAAUAGCACAAAAUCCAAUGAAAGAAGAAAGAAGUUAAAUUAAAGUUAGAUUUCACUACCGACUGAGUAAUUUCUCCCGAAACAGGUGUGUGAAUGCCACCAUUUGGGAAACCAAUUUUCCCUUUUACUCAGCAUCAUGGCAGGAGAAGGGUGUUUGUUGGUAAUGGUUGUCGAUGUGCAUCCACAGUUGGCCCUUCAUGAGGGAAUGGUUCAGAGCUACCUAAGCUCAUGUGUGUCCUUUGCUAAUUUCCACUUGGCUACUAGUGUAAAAAACAGACUUGCCGUUAUCGCUGCCAAUCACCUAGAAACACGUUUCCUGUAUCCGCAAAAAAAUGGAGAGAAGGCAGACAGACAGAAGGAUGGUCGACUGGAACUUCUCAGUCAUGUUGAUGAAAGCAUUAUGGAAGAGCUGAGAAUCAUGAUGUAUCAUGAUGCCAAGGUGGAGCAGACAGAAUCUCUUAUCUCAGGGGCCAUUGGCCGGGGAUUAUUGUACAUAAAACGUCAUGAGAGAGAGGACCAAAUAGUCAACAAAAUCCAUGCAAGAAUCCUAGUUAUUAAGAUUUCAU